AUGGAAGAGUGCAGAGGGCAAGGGUACAACAAUGGAAGAGUGCAGAGGGCAAGGGUACAACAAUGGAAGAGUGCAGAGGGCAAGGGAACAACAAUGGAAGAGUCCAGAGGGCAAGGGUACAACAAUGGAAGAGUGCAGAGGGCAAGGCCUGUAGAGAUUGGAGAACACUUCUGUGGCAUGGACUUUAACCAGCCUCUGGGAGGGGACCGAGUGAUCCAGGGACACCCCCUACACCAGGACCGCACCCAGGGCAUGGGGGCAGUGGCUGGGUGCACCUACGGGGAGGACACCCUAAUCUUUGUGGGGACAAGGACUGGACAUUUAAAGAAGCUCCGAGUAGACAGCGCUUCAAACUCCCAGGAUGCUUUGCUGUACGAGACGCUGAACGUGACAGAGAGAGAGCCUAUUCUCAGAGACAUGGGGUUGAGUCCAGACUGUCGCUUCAUCUACGUGCUCAGCCAGAACCAGGUGACCCGUUUACCGGUGGAGUCAUGUGACCAGUACGGCUCGUGUUUGGAUUGUGUGGGCUCCGGAGAUCCUCAUUAUGUUCGAGAAGCGAGUCGUGUGGGAAGUCUGAAGAAACUCAACCUUUCACCACAAGACUGGACCAAUGUGUACCUGCCGUACCUGCCGUAG